GCCUGCGCGUCCAUGUCCUGCUGCCUCUGUGUUUGCCAACCCAGCAGCCCAGGUACUGUACCUGGCCAGGUAGGCAGGUAGGCAGGUAGGUAGGUCCUUCUUCCCGACGUGCCUUGGUGCCGUUCUGCAGGAGGCACCACCCGGCCACCACAUCCUGGCCCAUUUUACCCGGGCUCCCCCAUCCUCAGCACAUUCAUGUCUCCGUGCCUUGCCAGCUUGCCAGCUUGCCGCUUGCUUGAUAUACCUUGCUAGCCUCUCCGUAUCUCGUAUCCCACCUGACCCUGACAGACAGUCACUCCUCCGCCCUGCCGCAUCCGUUGGCCAGCUAUCUAUCCUGCAUCCAACUCUCACCACGGCGCUAAAUCGCAACGGAUUCCCGUGCCGCAGUGGCUGCCAUGGCCAGCUGCAUGAGCUGUCCGUGACUGGCACCUAGACACACAUAAGUCUCGGCUAGCUGGCCGGGUGCUACAAUCAUCCUUUUUCUCCCCCAACCUUUCUCCCUGAUCUCCCUUCCAAGGCCGCCGACUGGUCAUGGCCAGGGCCCAAUCAGCUCAGAAGAGUGCCAUGCCUGCGCCGUACUGGGGUGACCUCCCCGGCCCAAACACCCCAGCCCGCCCCGGCGCGCGCAGCUCCUCGGACCACUACGCCUCGAGACCGCUGCAGACCCAGGCCAUGGAUCCCGCGCCUGCUGUUGCGCCACAGCCCAGGUCCAACAGGGCUUCUGUCCAGACCACCAACACCAACGCCGAUACCCAGACCGACUCUACCUUGAGCCCCUACGCCUCCCCCGUGCGGUCGAGCUUCCAAGGUUAUGCUCUGGCCCCGAGGCCCCCUUCGCUCCCCUACGGACAGAGCCAGUACCCUACUGACGUCUUGGAAAAGCGCCGCAGGCGCGCAAGCAAGAACAAACAAGAGGACCGCGAGUAUUCACACUCCGACCCCCGUGCCUCAGCGCCCCCGCCCGCGCCAGAUGUGCCCAGGGCCUCUUCCCUAAGCUACAGGCAUCCUUAUGGGAACGGCGGGCUGCCUUAUACCCACACCAAGGCCGCUGAAGAACCCGAUCUUCCCUUGAGCCCAGGCAUUAUGGGUCCCGACAAUUACCAGCUUGCGUCGGCAGACCCAUCUAAGCAACCCCUCGCAGCUGUGGGGUCCAGCUCGGAUCGCCGGGCUAGCAGCGACAGCGCCGCGGCCAAGAGGAAUAGCAUUACCAGGGAAUCCGUCAAUGGGCACCGCAAAGCAUCCUUGGGGAACGAGGUGGACCGCCGUAUGAUGGCAAACGCCCGGUCGCCCCUGCAGAAGCUCGAGCUGACGCUCGACAACAUUACCAAGGAGGAGAAGCGGGCACGGGUAGCGGCCGCCGAGCAACGCGCGCGCACGCGAACAUCGCGGGGCAGCGGGGAUCUUGAAAGGCAACAUGCAGUCCGCUUCAAGGAUGGGGAGGCAGAGACGGAGCCCGAAUUCGCCCGACCUCAAGUCUUGCCUGACCCAGUGUCGGCUCAGCCUGGCAUUGCGCCUCAAGGCGCGGCCAAGGUAAGGCCAAAGCAGCAUGCAUCACAGGCAGGGAACACUACGGCAACAAAGGCAACUGCCACCCGAUUCGCGCGAGACACCGGCGUCCCCCAAAGGAACAUGAGCUUUCGUGAGCGGGCGGCCAGGGACGAGAUCAACCUGCCAAGUAGCACCCACCGUAGCGAUUCUCCCACGACCUCGCCAACGAGCGGUUACUCGCUAGCUCGGAGCGCGAGCAACAAGUUGAAAAAGGACCCCCCAGGCGACGCUGCUUACCGGCGAUGGGGCGAGGGUGAAAGGAGAACAGGGAUCGUCUCUCAACGGGGGGCGACACAACAUCCGGGCGAGGGAUUAGGUUUGGCGGCUGUUCCCGCACCAACCGGAUCCACACCGCCGAAUAAAACGGCCGGAAGGUCAAUGCGUACCAAGGCCCCACCCUUAGAUACGGCCAUGGAACCCCGUCGAUCUUCCGGCCGGACUGAUGUCGACCACCCAGAUUCGCCGUUCACCCCCGGCAAGGCCGCAAGUACUCCCGGGAAGCGAGGAGAUCCCGCUUCAAUCACCUUUGCGGAUGACUUGCUUCAGGACAGGGCUCCUGCCACAGCAACCAGUAUUGGCGGGACGGCCAGGACUGCUGCUGCGGGGGCGUCAGCGACAGCGGCGGCGAGAGGGCACCGGCAGGAUGGUCAGGCGAGCGAUGACGAUCUCUCUUCAAACGACGAGCACCGCUUUGGCGAGUAUUUUCACCGCCGUGAAUAUAAGCCGGGGCAGGGCAUGUACAAUCCACCAAAAGUGCUCGGAGAGUGGAAGAAAGGAACGGUUGGCACCUUGUCCGGAACCAUGCUCGAUCUGGAAGAUGAGACAACUCCGAAAGUUGAUCACAGCCAAACUUGGUGGGAGAACCCCCCGACACAAAGGCGAGGCAGUAUCUCAACGCGACCCCGCAAGGCAGAGGCCUUUGAUGGGGAGUACGAUGAAACAAACGGUAUGCCCACUCCAGCCCCGACACGAUUCAAGCCUCCGCUGUUUCUAAAAUGUGGCCCGCUACUCAGGUAUUGUGGAAUACGUACAGACCGCAUCUCAAACCGGUCAGCUCAUAGUGGCCCGGACCGUGAAAGGGAGUUCUGGAGAGGAACCGUGAUGAUUGUCACUCAGGACCAAGACUCGUCGUAUGAUAUUGCUCCCACCCUCAGGCUAUUCGUGCAGCCGAUUGAGCUGCUACCGCCUCCACCGUCCGAAGUUCGUGGCGAAACCCCCCCUGAAUUCGUUGAUCCCAUCGCAGGACACCCAAAGCUGGGCCGCAAGGGGGAGACGUUGUAUGUCCGACCAGUCGACCACCUUGAUGAAUCUAAGGACCACUCUCAGGAUGAGACUGAUCGGGGUCUAUUCGAGAAGACACGCAGUCCUCCGUAUGUGACCCCGGCUGACGGGUCGACCGACGCGCCAGGCUCCUUCGCAGCCCGCCGGAAGAGAACGCCCGUGGACGGAGAGAAAGUAGGCAAGUAUAAAGAUGUGCGCGGGUACAGGCUGCACGCCGAACGUGGCUAUACGUUCUGGCGCUUCAGCGUCGAGGUCGAGCUGCGCGAAAAGGAGCAGCGAAUUGCCUACCGCAUCAACCGCGGCCCUGCCACUGGCUUCUGGGUUCCUGCCAAAAAUCAGUCCAUGAAUAUCAUGUUCCACAGCUGCAACGGUUUUUCGGUCUCCGUGGACCCAAAUGACCUAAGUGGGCCGGAUCCCCUAUGGCGUGAUGUACUGAACAACCAUCAGAGCCGCCCGUUUCAUGUCAUGAUCGGUGGUGGCGACCAGCUGUAUUGCGACAGUGUCAUGAGAAAGACAGAACUUUUCCAGGAAUGGCUAAUGAUCCGCAACCCGCUGCACAAGCACAACGCGCCUUUCACCCCGGGCAUGCAGGACGAGCUCGAGGAGUUUUACCUGGAGCGUUACAGCAUGUGGUUCUCCCAGGGUCUGUUUGGCCUGGCCAACUCGCAGAUCCCAAUGGUCAACAUGUAUGAUGACCAUGAUAUCAUUGACGGCUUCGGUAGUUACCCACAUCACUUCAUGAGCUCGCCUGUAUUCUCUGGCCUCGGAAACGUUGCAUUCAAGUACUACAUGCUUUUCCAGCAUCAGAGUAUCGUCGAUGAGACCGAAGAGACGGAGCCUAGUUGGGCCAUGGGUGUGAGGCCAGGCCCAUACAUCCAGGAGCAGAGCCGCAGCCUGUUCCUACGGCUAGGUGCCAAGAUCGCGCUCUUGGCAGUCGACUGUCGGACUGAGAGGAUGCGCGACCAGGUCGUGCGCGAGGAUACCUGGGACAAGCUGAUGGACCGCUGCUACAGUGAGAUCGUCAAGGGCAAGACAGAACACCUGCUCGUCCUGCUUGGGGUCCCAAUUGCUUACCCCCGGCUUGUGUGGCUCGAGAACAUCUUGACCUCCCGUCUAUUGGACCCCAUCAAGGCCCUCGGCAAGACCGGGCUCUUCAGCAAUGUAUUCAAUAAGUUUGACGGCGGUGUCGAGGUCUUGGACGACUUGGAUGACCAUUGGACCGCGAAAAAUCACAAGGAUGAACGCAAGACCAUCAUAGAGGACUUGCAGGACCUUGCCGCGGACAGAUCCGUUCGCAUCACAAUCCUUGGCGGCGACGUCCACCUGGCUGCGAUAGGACAAUUCUACUCCAACCCGAAGCUUGAGUUGGCCAAGCACAAGGAUUUCCGCUACAUGCCCAACGUCAUCUCUUCCGCUAUUGUCAAUACGCCGCCGCCAGAUCUGAUGGCAGACGUCCUCAACAAACGCAACAAGGUGCACCACCUCGACAAGGACACGGAUGAGGACAUGAUUCCUAUGUUUGCGCAUGGCGUUGAAGGCAAGCCGAGAAACAACAAGAGGCUUCUUCCUCACCGCAAUUGGUGCUCUAUUCGGGAGUAUACCCCAGGUCAAACUCCGCCCUCGACCCCACCUGAAUAUGUGAACGAGGCCGAGUCGCCCGCUGAACCCAUUGCCCGCCGGGACACUGGCUUGUCCAACAAAGGAGUAACCCGUCGACUUUCUAAAAAGUCCCGGGGCCCUGCCCACCGUGCUGACGUGAUCGAUUCGCGGCCGCCCAUUUCCGGAUCAGGCGGGGGUGGAAUUUUCAGAUCACUGUCUUCACGCGGCCGCCGCUCUACGCCUGACGUGCCCGCUGAAAAUAAGCGUCCAGUCACCAAGAAGAGGACUCUAUCUCUGACACGUGGUGACUUUGGUGGAAUCUUCCGUCGCAGGAGCGAAUCACGCAACCGCUCACAGCCAGAUGACGGCGGCAUCAACGGGACGUGGGGCGAGAGCGAUCUGGAAGCUGCCAGUCGAGAUCGAGAUCGAGAUCGAGACGGAGACCAAGGCGACGGAGGAUACGACUUUGAUUACGAGGACAACACGUAUGACCAGCGGAACAGAGGCCAUGGGUUCCUGGGAAGCAUCGGUCUUAGGGGAGGCGGCGGCCCCGGGGGUGGAGGCUCCUACGAUGAAUUCUCAGAUGGCGACGAUUCUUACUUUACUACCCGCGCGCCCCAAAACACGCGCGCGGGCCAGCCUGGGGUCAACAAGGCAGCCCGCGUCUUGGGAACCGAAGCACUAAAUGCUUCGCGUCGUUAUGGAAACCAACACCAGCCCCGUCAACAACAAGUUGUGCAGCCCCAGUUCGGGGUGACCACCAAGAUAUCAGGGCCGGGCCAGGAUGCGGACGAGGACGAGGACGAGGACAAGGACGAGGGUUUCCAGCCCAGCCCCUUCCAGCGCACGCCGACAGGCUUGUCUGCCAAGCAAGUACGCAAGAGGGCCAAGUCCUUCGAUGUCAACAUAGAAGGCGGCCUCGAUAUUUGCCUCAACGUGGAGGUCUCGGCGAGAGAUCCUGCAGGCAUCACCGUCCCGUACCGGCUGUUGGUUCCCAGGCUCUGGUACGAUGCCAGUGACGGUGAUGAGGUGGAAAUGCCGGAACGUGGCAGGGGGAAGAGUCGAGAUGAACCUUCUGGGCCGAUAAAGCGAUUUUUCAGUCUGAGCCGCGCGAGAGGCGCAAGCGUCAAGCGAGGUGGGAGUGCACAGCCCAGUCGACAGAGACGAGAGGCCGGCGAUGAGCAUGCCAUAGUGGCCCCGGGGACGGCAAUCUAG